UGGACGAGGGGUGAGCAGUGCCGGCCCGCAGGCGAAGGAGAGCUCAGGAACCGAUCCGCCCCGGCCCCGCCCACUCCCCCCUCCCUCGACUCGGACCCUGCAGGCUCCUCCCUCCGUCCCGCCGCCCCCUCGACGACACCGGCUCGGAGCUUGCUGUUCCCUGAGGGCGCGCACAGCCACAGAGUCCGCGCCAAGGGGCGGGCAGCCUCCCUGAGCAACCCCGGCCUGACUCCGUGCGCUUAGGGCGUGGGCCACAUCCAGCCCCGGGACCGGUCCCCUUUGGUGGCUUAGUUGCCUCCGGGGGAGCAGGCCGCGGAGACCCCAUCUGCUGCAGAAAGUUCCCGUAAUCGCUGCGCGGCGCGACAGCAGGCGGCGCCCGAGCCCCGGGCCGUGGGCGGUCCCCAGGUGGCGAGGCGGAGAGCUGGGGACCCCUGGGCUGCGCCUCCGCGGUUGGCGCCGAGACUGUUCCGCUUCUGCUAAGGCACCCGGCCCAAGCUCAUCUGAAUAUAGUUUUGUUUACCAACUAAAACUCGCCUUGCAGCACAUGUGCGCUGCGGUGUUUUGGGAACUCUAUCUGUUGCUGGGACUUUGACCCUUUAGUAUGGAUCACCUCUCGUUUCCCCCGGCCUGUUGGGCUGUGCCCAGAAUGUCCCACCAGGGUAGAGCUUUCGCAAGAGGGCUGCGCAGCACGCAUCUCCUAGUGGACUGCUCCUGAAGGCGGGGCCGGCCUUAUUAAUCCAUGACACUCACCCUGGCCCCGAGGAGGAGCCAAAUAAACUCAUGAAGUCGUGGAUCAUUUUGAGCAGAGCCGCCAGGAUAUCCCAGGCACCCGGCAGCUCCCGGUGACAGAAGCAGGCCAGCCUGGGUGGCAGAAGUGGAGGUACGAGAGAGAGAGGAAACACAGGAGACCCUGCAGCUCGGGUUUGGACUGGCACAUCAUCACUUCUGCUGUAUUUUAUUGAGCAAACCAGGUCAUCAGUCAGGCCCAGACUCAAGGGGAUUGGGUAAUAGACUCGUCUCUGUAGCAAGAAGAACUGUGAGUCUCAUUUACCCAUGGGAAGUGACUGAAGGAGGAAGUUCAAGGGUGAGAGUGAACGCCAGCAGACGGCUGGGAGAUGGAGCACAGUCUGUAGUUUGUUCCUGCUGCCAGGCUCCACCGAGGGGAACGGGGACCCGUCUGAAGAGAAGAUGCCCCUACUGAUGCUCUACCCGCUCCUUUUCUGGCUCUCAGGCUACUCCAUUGCCACUGACAUCAGUGGUCCAAUGACAGUGAAUGGCCUGGAGCGGGGCUCGUUGAUCGUGCAGUGUGUUUACAACUCAGGCUGGGAGACCUACUUGAAGUGGUGGUGUCGAGGAGCUAUUUGGAAAGGCUGCAAGAUCCUUGUUAAAACCACUGGAUCGGAGCAGGAGGUGAAGAGGGACCGGGUGUCUAUCAAGGACAAUCAGAAAAACCACACGUUCACUGUGACCAUGGAGGGUCUCAUGCAAACUGAUGCUGACACUUACUGGUGUGGAAUUGAGAGAACUGGAACUGACCUUGGGGUCACAGUUCAAGUGACUGUUGACCCAGGUAAGAGGGAAUGUAUAUCUGUGUGUGUCUCUCAGGGGCUGCUCUGUCCUGGUCUCUGAGGUCCUACUCAAGUGACUUAAUUGUCACUGAGUGAUCUAUCACUUGAGUCCUGAGUCUCAGAGAACCCUAACUGACCACCUGGGAUUGGGGGAGCAGGGCCUCUUUUCAAUGCCCCCAUGGCUCCCAGGGCUCCCUCCACGAUGGGAAUUAAGACUUUCUAGGCACAUUUUUACCACUGCCCAGCUCAGUGCCUGAGGACAAGGUGAUGGUCCCACUUUCAGCCCAUGGGCCAAAGGGAUGCCUUCCCAUGGUACCCAGUGACCCCAAUCCUUGCCAUUGCUUUUUGGAGACCUCUGGUGCCCAGGUGUGUCCUGCUUUUGGUGGAGUUCUGGGCUGGGGCUUCACAGCUGCUGUUGCCACCUCCCAUUCCACAUCUAACUUGGGGGAAAAAGAGGCUCAGCAUAGUUGGGGUGCUGGCAUCUAAUUCCCAAGUCCAGACAGGUCUUCACAGUCAAACAGCUGCAUUCCUGCCUGGUCCCUGACAUCUCACCAUGAGCCAUUUUUGCAUGUAGACUUAAUGAUGUUCUCUUCCUAUUUCCUUCUAGAAUGCAGACACUCCUGGGAGGGUCGGCUCAGGGUUCCCAGUGACUUGGUUUGCAUGCGUUUAUUUGUUGGGCUUAUUCUGCUGUCCCUCAGAAGAUGAGCAGCACCAGCUCAAGGGCCCUUGUGGCAUGGAGGGAGCACCACAGUCCUCAGGGCCCCAUGCUGCACCUGGAGCCUCUGGGGCAUGUUCUAGUUUGCAAAGUGCUGAACGUGCAUUGUCUCAAUGAGUCCUAACAAUACGCCUGAGAAGGGGGCAUCGCCAUCACUGAAGCUUUGUAACUUGCCCAAAGUCAAGGUUCUUCCUGAAUAUUAUGAUUUCUUUCAGGGCUGGUCCUGAUCUUUGAUGUCACAGAUCUAGGGUCACUGUGCAAGUUCCCACUCUGCUCCUGUUGUUGAUGGAUAAACAGGGCUGGGGUGGAGAUUGGCCAAGGUGCUGUCCUAAGCAGCAGGGUGGCUCAAGUUCAGCUGAUCUCCAGCUGCCCUUAGGCUCUUCCCAACCCCCUCUAACCCUCCCAGGGCCUGCUCAGCGUCCUCCCUGGACCCUGCCCAGCCCCAGGAGCCUCUGGAGUCUCCUAGAAGCCAGGGAGACAUGAGCAGUCCAGGCUGCAGCCCCUUCCCAUAGUAGCAGUCCAGACCCCCGCCUAGGCUCAGAGCCCUGUGCAGGGCUGUGGGUGGGCUCAUGGGCAGGGUCUUCUGUGAUCUGGUCUAUACACCAAGCAUCAACUACAGCAUCAACUGCUGCCCCCACCACGUCUACUUCCACUACAUUCACAGCACCAGUCAUCCCGGAAGAAACCAGCAACUCCCCAACUCUGACUGGCCACCACUUGGACAAGAGGUAAACCAACUCUGGUUCCCCUGUGGACUACUUGGCCCAAACUCCUCCAAUGGAGAACUCUUCGAAGUCCCAGUUUCCAGCCUGAGCUUUGUCUGGGACCUGCAUACUCCUUGGCACAACCUCCUGAAGCUCAGCGUCCUGCUGCCUCUCAUCUUCACCAUAUUGCUGCUGCUUUUGGUGGCCGCUUCGCUCUUGGCUUGGAGGAUAAUGAAGUGCCAGCAGAAAGCGGCUGGGAUGUCCUCAGAGCAGGUACCGCAGCCCCUGGAGGGCGACCUCUGCUAUGCAGACCUGACCCUGCAGCUGACCAGAACCUCCCCACAAAAGGCUACCACGAAGCUCUCCUUCUCUGCCCAGGCUGACCAGGUGGAAGUGGAAUAUGUCACCAUGGCUCCCUUCCCGAAGGAGGACAUUUCCUAUGCAUCGCUGACCUUGGCUGCUGAGGAUCAGGAGCCAACCUACUGCAACAUGGGCCCCCUCAGUAGCCACAUCCCCAGUGUUGGCCCUGAGGAUCCCACGGAAUACAGCAUCAUUAGGAGGCCUUAGCCUGCACUCCAGGCUCCUUCUUGGACCCCAGGCUGUGAGCACAUUCCUGCCUCAUCGACCAUCUGUGCCCUGCUCCCCUCAUCAGGACCAACCCCGGGGACUGGUGCCUCUGCCUGAUCAGCCAGCAUUGCCCCCAGCUCUGGCUUGGGCUUGGGGCCAAGUCUCAGGGGGCUUCUAGGAGUUGGGGUUCUCUAAACGUCCCCUCCUCUCCUACAUAACUGAGGAGGGGACUAGGGAUAUGCUCUGGGGCUUUCAUGGGAAUGAUAAAGAUGAUAAUGAUAAAAAUAUUAUCAUUAUUUUAUCAUUAUUAUCGUAAAGUAUCAUUAUCAUAAUACAAUGAACCUUUAUUUAUUGCCUACCACAUGUCAUGGGCUGAAUAAUGGCCCCCAAAGAUAUCUGUGUCCUAAUUAUUAGAACCUGUGACUGUUACCUUCUGUGGCAGAAAGGGACUGUGCAGAUGUAUGUAAGUUAAGGGCUUUGAGAUAGGAAGGUUAUUCUUGCUGAUUCGGGUGGGCCCAAAAUACCACCACAAGGGUCCUCAUAAGAAGGAGGCCAGAAGGUCAAAGAGGAAGAGACAAUGUGAUGAUGGAAGUGGACAUGGGUGUGAUGUGAGCAGGGGCCACGAAUGCCGCAGACUUCAGAAAAGGCAAGGAACGGAUUCCCCCGCCUGGAGCCUCCAAAAGAAACCAGCCCUGCCCAUGCCUUGACUUGAGCCCAGUGAAACCGAUCUUGAGCUUCUGGCCUCCAGAAUUGCAGGAGAAUAAAUUUGUGUUGUUUUUAAUAAGCCA